GUUUGGUUAUGCGCCUCCGUUUUGGCAUCUGUAGGAUUUGAUACGCGCGCGACUGGGCGCUUAUAAUCGACAAUCUCGAGCCAGUAAUUCCAUGCAGAAUUGCGGCGCAGCCUCAUUAUCCACUAUCAAUACCUCCAAUAUGUGCGAGCAGAUAUACGUCGUCCCAACUCCAGAUGUUCUGUCUUUAUCCUCAUCAUUCUUUUAAUCGCUUCUCGCGUUGGUUUCGUUACGUCCGUAUUUCGGCAUGUACCUCGUGUGGCCUUUUCCCCCUGCAUCCCAUGCGCUCGCCUCCCCAGCAACCAUCGCCCCUCGCUCCAUCGACGGAACACAGUGUGGAUUCCAAGGCAACAACGACAUAUACGGCGUUGGGAUCAGAGUUGGCCUCUACGCUCAGAUUCUUGCCGUGUGGUUCGCCAACUACUUCCUCUUCUCCAAGGCGCAAGUCCUGCGUGACUCUGUCAGCAUCUUCAGCGUUGCGCUGCUCAUUAUCGCGUUGAUAUCUGCAGCCAACCCACAAGAUGUUUACGCCAUCGAAGGUUUUAUACUUCUGCAGAUGUUAGCUUGGAGCUGCUUGAUGGGCGUGCGCGCAAAUUCAAGUCACGCCAAGGGCAUUCUCAGCAAUGGAAGCUUGUUCAGAAAGGGCGUUUGUGAAAUCGUUAAUCUAGUGAACAUCAUACUACAUGUGUGGUUCUGGUGGGUGGGUAUUGAUCACAUGAAGACGAUGCCUUGUGGAACACAUGUCUUGUUAUAUGUACUCAAGACUGACAUGUUUGGGUGGGCAAGGAAGGCCAUGAUGACAAUGAGCUUGCUGUUCCUUCUCUGCACAGUCUACUGGACUAGCGUCGGAUUACCACGGUCAUGGGCCAUGUGGAGAAUAAGCACGGCACGACAAGAGUUUGCUGAGGCUGUCAGGAUCUGGGAAACUCUGGACUCCAAGACACUGGAUCAUGUCAUCACCCUGGAACCGAAAGCUGAGGACACGGGAUGUGGCUGUGGAUGCGACAAUAUGGAUGAUGCCUGCUCCAGGCGUUCCUGUGUGCUUUGCUCACCGAUUGAAUCUCAUUUCGGCUUCGAUCGUGGAACUGAGCCGACAAGCCAUUUCAAUGCGCCACUGCCCAUCUCGACCGACGAGAUAGAUUCCGCGAAGUCCAUAAAAUUGUCUUUCGAACAGGAAGCGGACGGGAGCACAGCUGAGCCUACGAUUCUCCUAGAGGUUUACGAAAGCGAGGUCUACAUCCAACACUGUAUAUCAGCAAGUCCAUACCAGGUGAAUGCAGAUGGUAGACCGACCGGCUUCGCAGUCAUCAUCAAGUCAAUCCUAUUUCCUGCGAGAUAUCGAAUCGGAGCCUGCACCAACGGGUUACCAUCGUGGUUCCAGUGCUACUUCAAGAUAUGUAUGCUUCUUCUCACAUGUCGCUUCCCGCCGCAAGCUCUCGCUGUUUAUUCGCAUCUUCGACAAAGUCGGCUACUAGAUCCGCUCAACGGGCCAUUCCAACUAUACGCGGCAGUAACAUACAAGCCAGCGGGUGGUAGAGACUUGCCGAACUGGUCGUCGGUGUCACUUGCCUCAUCAUUGCUGCUUGCUGAGGCGAAUGUACCGAAGAGAGUCGGGAGUAGGUGGUACUACAUGUCUCUAGAUCUUGUAAUACACAUCAUUGUCAUACUUCAAGUGGAGUUGACGUUGGAUUGGAAUAACGUUAGAGGAUCCAGCGGCUCGUUCAUGAGCGUAGGACAGUUGAUACCGUUCAUAGUUGGAGUCGGAGGACUUCUUUUUGUCGGCAGCGGAUGGAGCAUGAGAGCGUGGAAAAAGUGGAAAAAAGGUGCAGACGCAAGUAGUGGCUGGGAAAGGAACGAUGUACUUGCCGGUGAGAAUAAUACAGAUGAGAAGUGCGGUGAGAGUUUUGGUCUGGGAGAAGACAUCAGCAGGUACUAUGCGAGCUGGCGAGAAUCGAGGAAGGGACUGUUAUCAUCGAGAGCUCAAGCAUAGCAUCUAUAGACACAAAGGCGUUGAGGCUCGCAGGAAUGUAUUGGAAACGUUUUGAACAGAGUGCGAGGUAUCAACCAGCCCCGAACAUUUCGCCGGAUAAGUACACU